AUGGUGUCUAGAUUAGAUCCUGGAUCUGCCACGGAUAUGUUGUCAUCACCCAACUCAGUUCAGCGCUCCGAGUCGGGCUAUUCGCACAAUUAUUCUCUAUUGGAGAUAUACGAUGUUGCCUUGGACGGUGAUCUGAUGGCUACCCAUGACUCUGAAGAUGAUAUCGUUCAGUAUGCAAAUACAGGCUUAAAUAGCCAACAGGAGGCGCCUCCUACAGCACCAGUACUUGACAUCUCGGAUUUUCUGGCCAUUCCUGAAACAGAUUCCUUCGCUGCAGACGAUACCAUUCUGGGAAUUGCUGAUGCCACAGAAUCCACCAUGGCGGCUAGUCUGGUGGUCAGCCUGAAGGUAGCGUUGCCAGAAACUCGAGGAGUAACGCUGGACCGACCGCAAUUACUGGAAUCAUCCGAGAAGAACAUGUCUCGCAUCUUGGAAAGCAACUUUGAUAUGUACGGCUUCAAGAAACAGUCGUCUUACUUCGAAUCGUCUAGAGAGUCAUACAACGCGUGGUUUAAAGAAUAUCUGCCGCAUUUGGUACAUCAGCGCAAGAAAUGGAACUUGUUGAUGAAGCAGAAUGGCCUCCGUCUCGACGCAAAGAAGGUUCCUACCCGGUUUCCGCCAAAGUCCGACAAACUGAAGAAAUUGGUUCGAAAAGGAAUCCCGCCCGAGUGGAGAGGUAAUGCCUGGUUCUUCUACGCGGGCGGCUACGAGAAACUCAACGCCCACAUCGGGGUCUACGAUAAGAUAGUAGCAGAUACCGUCGGGGUUAAGAACAAAGACACCGAGGUUAUUGAGCGAGACUUGAACAGAACGUUUCCCGACAACAUUUUCUUUAACUCCACACAAUCGCUCUCCCUGGUAAGUCUCCAGGAUGAGUCACAGCCUGAGUCCAACAUGAUUAAAUCGUUGAGACGAGUGUUGGUUGCGUUCGCUCAUUACCUGCCACAUAUCGGCUACUGUCAGUCUCUUAAUUUUCUUGCAGGGCUCCUUCUACUCUUUAUGGAAGAAGAAAACACCUUUUGGAUGCUUGUAAUCUUGACGGAACGCAUUCUCCCGAAAGUUCAUUCGGCAAACUUGGAAGGUGUUCACACAGACCAGGGCGUUCUCAUGAUGUGCGUGAGAGAGUACAUUCCCAAGCUUUGGAAAAUCAUCGGCAAAAGCUUCGAUGGUGAGGUGGUUACCGAGGAUAAAAUUCUAGUUCGACUUCCUCCAGUCACGUUGGUGACUUCCUCGUGGUUCAUGUCUGUUUUUGUAGGCGUGCUACCGAUCGAAAGUGUCCUCCGAGUGUGGGAUAUCAUCUGGUACGAAGGGUCCAAGACCAUUUUCCGUAUCUCGCUUACUAUCUGUCGCUUGUGCUUGGAUCACCCCAAGUUUUCUUCCAGGGAAGCCCGCGAUGCCGAAUCCGAAACCGAGCAGAUUGAGCUCUUCCAAUUCAUGCAAAACUUCCCUAAAAGCAUUACAGACCCAAACUUGCUAGUUGAUAGUUGCUACAAAAAGAUUGGAGGCUACGGGUACGGGUUCCUUCUGCAAGACGAGAUCAACAAGUGCCGAGAGUUUGUAUCACAGCAGCGUAAUAAGAUCAAGAAGAAGACCUCGCUCAUUGAUACGGGCAUGAGCGAGCAGGAGCGUCAGGCGUUACAAAAGUCGGGCUCCAUUGACAACGAGUACCAUGACGUUUAUGGCUUCAACAAGUCCAUCAUGAGUGGAGUUAUGUGGAACAAACAUAUCAGUAAUCGCAUGAGGAAGAAGUUUGUCAAAAAGACCUAA